UGUUUGUGUUCCGUUCUCGCCGCGCUUCCCCAAACUCAUCUGGUCCCUUUGUUUCAUUAGUAACUGUUGUAAAUCCGCAACGCAUCUGGCUGAACCGCCGCGCAAGAAGAGAUAGAGGGAGACAGAGUUGGGACUCCCCCAACUGCCUUUGUGCAGAAGAACAGAUAGGUGGAUCGUUUCAGUUGCUGGACAGCUCCUGCUCCUCCGCGGCAGCCCCGAGACAGGGAGGGAGACAGAGAGAGAGAGAGAGAGAGAGAGAGAGUGUGUGUGUGUGUGUGUGUGUGUGUGUGUGUGUGUCUGUGUCUCUGUGUGCAUGCCUGAGCGCGUCUGUGUGUGAGCGAGAGAGCCCACACAACGCUCCGGUCUCUCUCUCUCCGCUGCCUGUUCUCCAGAAGACCUGCCUGUUCAUCAUGGCCAGCGUGCAGCAGGGCGAGAAACAGCUCUUCGAAAAGUUCUGGAAGGGAACAUUCAAGGCGGUGGCUACCCCUCGGCCAGAAAGCAUAAUCGUUGCCAGCAUCACAGCCCGGAGGACCCUGAACAAUGGCACAUCAAGCUACCAAACGCACAGGAACAAUGACAGGAGCUCUGGGGCGACGUUGCAAGCCUCAGGUGCAAAUGGAUGCAGCAAGGUCAAGGAAAGCAAACAGCAAAAUCACCACAGACUUCGCAGAUCUUGUGAUUCGGCUCACUCGCCUCCUCCUCCGUCAAAAAGGAAGAAAAAGAAGAAGAAAUCCGAGCACAAGCGCAGGCGGUCGCCUUCCUACAGUCCUGCCCCUGUGAGAAAGAAGAAGAAGAAAAGCUCCAAGAAGCACAAAAGAAAUAGGUCAGAAGCUGCUUCCACAAAGAAACGACGGCACAGCUCAAAAAGUCCAAAGAGGAAAAGAAAAGAAGACAAAAGGCAUCGGAGAAGGUCUCGGGCUGCAUCAGCUUCUCACAAAGGCCACAAAUGCAGACGUUCUCAUUCUCAGAACUCAACCUACAGGUCUCCUAGCUGUUCCAGCAGUAAUGAAGGUCGAUCAGGGGCAGCACGAUGCCCGCGAGGCAGGUCAAGAAGCAGCAAUCAUGAAGCUUAUUCAAAGAGCAGCACAAUGCAGAGAGCCCCCGUCAUCGGCCGUUCCCACACUGGCAAGUCACCAUGUAAAAGCCCCCAGAAUAAAAACAGCAAAUCAGCUGGCAAAAUAAUAUACAAGUCAGGUUCUUCUGGACACAAGUUUGUGAAGGAAGAAUACAGCAAGCCUGAUAAUGUGCCCAGCCAGAAUGGAACUUAUCAAGAUUAUGAUUCAGGCAACGAUACCGCUUCACCCCCAUCAACCAAAGCUCCCUCAUCCAGAUCGCAAACCAAGGAAGAGAAGGGGCAGACUCUCAACCACCACGCGGAGUUAGGCCACCAGACGCUCUCUCCGGGCAAACUGAAGCUUGGUGAAGCCGAGCCUAGUUCAGAUUCAGGGAACUCGUUGACAAGCUGCUCCUCUCCGUGCAAAGUUGUGGCCUCAUCUCCAAGUGCAUCUCCAGCUUAUCAGCAGGACAAAGGGACUAGGAGGGAAAUAUCUUCCCCACACAACUGGCCAACAACCUCUGAGAAAAAGAAAAGUCCUUCCCCGUCACCUACCUGGAGUUCACCUGGGAGACAUCGCUCAAGAAGUGAAUCCCCGAGCAGCCGAGGGCGAGGCAGGAGCUCCCGCAGCUACAGCCGUUCUUCCCGCUCACGCUCUCCCGAGUACAAGUCAACCACAAAAUAUUCCAGAAGCAGGUCACACUCUUCGGGGAAAAGGUCUUCUUCGCGCUCUCCGAGUUAUUCACCUCGGUCUAGGAGGAGAAGCCCAGGAAGCAGUAGCUCCCGAUCGCGACAUAGCCCAAGCUAUUCAAGAUACAGCCCAGAGAGGGACCACGAUCGAGGCCGGGACAGUAAGAAGUACAGCUCCCGAGAGAGGGAGUCCAGGCGACGCCGGUCUCGCUCCUACUCCCCAAUGAGGAAGCGCAGACGAGAUUCUCCAAGUCAUCUGGAACCUCGGCGCAUCACCAGUGCUCGGAAACGGCCCAUUCCGUACUACAGACCCAGCCCCUCGUCUGCCAGCAGCAUCAGCAGCUACUCCUCCUGGUACAGCAGCAGAAGUCGGAGCCGGAGCCGGAGCAGGAGCCGGGUUCACAGCCGGAGCCGCACCCGGAGCCGGAGCCGGAGUUACUCCAGCCGGAGCCGGAGCCGCAGCCGCAGCCGGUCUCGGAGCUCUGCGAGGGGGAGCAGCGGCCGCAGCAGGAGCCAGAGUUAUGAUUCGGCGGGCAGCUAUGAAAGUUUGAGGCGUUGAGCUGCACUUCCCUCACUACUGCACCCUCUCCCCCCCACCCCCACCCUCGCUCCCCACCCCCCCACCCUCUCACACACACACAAUGUUUUCCUGCCCACGACUUGCAGAUUGACCUCAACGUUAUUUUGGUCUCACAAUGUUUAAUUGACAAGUGGAAUCUGAUGCGUGUGAAUAUGUCGCAGAGCAACUAGACAGAAAGACAAACAGGCUCACAUUUCUCCAAACUCAUCUCCUGCUUUAAAGGCGAAAUGAAACCCUCAAGCAUUUUCUUGUUCUUUGUUUCAAAAUGUCGACCCACAGCAGGUCUGGAACAGAAGCAAACAGGCCCAGUUUGUAGCAGUAAAGUGCUUUCUCGAUCGUUUUCUGAUCGAAUUGCUGCCGAGGGACUUUCUGAGGUUGGGUGAGGUCCGGCCCCCACAAGGCAAAGACUGGAUACCAAGUCAGAAUAGCAGCGGUUCCAACAGGAAGCCGUGUCGAUUCAGCAGGUGCACAGUAGCUAUUUUCAGAGGGUAUUUAGGCGAGCUCGCUGAUAAAUACGAAUCACAUUAUGGGUGAGCACAGCAGAUACUCCCCAUCUCUUACAGUAAUGUCAUGUGCACUCAUUUAUACUGGAAUUAGUACAAUCAGCAUUCAAGAUGGCACUGUUAACAUACUGGGACAUUUUGCGGGCAGGUCACAGUCGACAUGUUGGGCUAAAGAAUACAACUAAACCAUGAAGAUGCAGGGCAUGUGUGGCGUUGUUUGUAUCAGGAUUCUGCUGGCUUGUUCUACUCCAGCAGAAAGCAGCCUCCGUUGUUAACAAAGGGAUGAAUUUCAAACGCAAGGCAUAAAACCCUCUGAUGACCUGCCUAGUUUUUCACGUUUGUUUAAUAAUCUUUACUAGCCACUGAUAGAAUGCCAGCAAGGCAAACAUGUCAUCUGUUUAAAGAAAAUCUAUCAUAACAAGCCUAAGCAUCAAGUCCUCAUGCAGGAGAUGGAUAAUCUCCAAGCACAUGGUAUUCCUUAUUUAUCCUUGGUUGUUAGCAGGAGAUAAAAUAUAAAUACUUUCUCCUGGAUGUUUUCCCAGAGAGAUAUAAAAUUGUCUCUAGAAAAUUCCUUGUGUGGCAUUUGAAUUGUCCAGUCUAUUUUUUAUUCAUUAUUGGCUAAUCUAUGUUGACAGGCCAAAACAGUAACCUGUAGUGCAGUGUGCUAGCAAGAUUUCUUUCAAGCAACGAGCAGGAAAACGCAGUAAAUCAACAUAAAAUACCAAGCUUGGAGCAAGAAAUAGACUGUUGGAGGAACUGAGUGGGUUGGGCAGCCACCUAUGGAGACAAAACGAUGGUCAGCUUUUUGGGUCCAGAAAACUCAAUCAGGACUCAGUGCAAGAUGACGACGCAAAAUAUUGACCAUCCCUUUGCCUUCGCAGAUACUGCCUGAGUUCCUCCAGCUAUUUAUUUGUUGCAGUCUCUUGUGUUCCCCAGGGUUGGCUUUAGAAAGCCUGCAGCCGUCAGAGCAAGAGUUGACAGGACUCUUCAGUGUUGGAAUCUGGAGGAAGAUUAACCUAGAAUGAAAAAUAGUCAUUGAUUCAUCAACUGGGAGGAAUCUGGAAUUGCAGUGAAAACUGAACUAGUUUGAUCUGGAAUCUAAAGCAUCCUUAUCCUGAAUAUAGUUAGUUCAAAAACUAAAUAGCAUGAACUUCAACUCCACAACAGACUGUGUUUAUCAUAGGAGCCUCUCCAAAAUCUAAGGGUAACUUCUCGCUCCAGGAUGUCUUGAGAAAAUUGGAUGUGUCCUACACUAAGUUGAACAUGUUGCUCAGAAAACGCAGCCAUCUGCCGCAGUGGUAUGUAGAAAUGUUUCACUGCAGCAGAGUGAAGAACAUUUUAAGGAAUCAGCACUGGGACCUUCCUCGAGGGGCAGAGUCAAGUUAUGUAUAUUUCUACCUAAACUGGAAGUCCUAGGUGCUCAUUCUGUGUGCCUGAGGUCUUUCAGUUAUUAGCUCUAAACAUUCCUCAACCCCUAAAGGGAUAAUCACCUGAAAGAACAACUCUGGUAACAUGCCAAUGAGUAAAAAUAAGCUUAUCCUACUGAACAUUAUUUAAGAAUAACCCAGAUGACUUGUAGUAAGUUAUUGAUAGAGUUUUAGAAUUACUGCUUAAUUUGCACUCCAAUCCUAUUUAUUUCAAAUAUUUCACAUUUUAAGAAAUACAGUAUACCAAACUCUUGAUCAAUUGUAUUUUCACUAUGCACUGUAAAUAUAUUGAUAAAGGUCAAUACUGUACCCAUUUAUUUAAUAUUUAUUUGCCCUAUUUAUUGAACUUAUUUAUAUGAUGUAGGCCGCAGAGCCUGUACUUAAGGAACUUCUGUGCGUAGUGUAAAAAAUUCCCAUUGCUUUUCUUUUGUAAGUGAAAUUGUGUUUGUGAAGAAGAGCCUGUAAUCAGAAUUUUUCUUUUAGAAAAGGAUCUAGAUGAUAUGAACUUCCCAAUGAUAAAUUGUAACAGCCAAAAAAAUUGCAUUGGUUAAUGUUCAGUAUUAUCAAUUGUAGCUAGAAUAAUCAGUCACAUAUAACAACAACAGAUGUGUUUGUAUUUGUUAGAAUGCUCUCAACCCAAAUAGUUUUUUGAAUGUCUUAGAACAAAUGAUAUAGGAAGAGCAAAGUUGAACAGGGCGCACAUUUGUUCAAUAAUGUCAGUUGGUAUCUGAUUCUUCUGUCUCCUCUUGCACUGGAGUUGGAGGUUUCUCUAAAUAUUCCUGUACCAGCUCUUUUAAUCUUUCUGUGAAAAUAAGAUAUAUUCUUCAUGACAUUAGUCUUCCUAAUGCAUUUAAUUUGUGAGCUUGUAAAACAAAAAAAAAAUUCUAAAAAUAAACAUCCUGACUUGAAUUUGAGGUUUGCU